CCAAUAAAGCUCUUUUUGUCCAGGGGAGUCGGCACUUGAGCGCAUUCCUUGACGUGGAGGCUGGUAUACCUCUCUCUCUCUGACCGUUUGAUGAGCUCUUUGCUUUGGUUAAAAAUCACCCAUAGAGAGGAAAGAAAAUACUUUUAAACCUUUAGAUUUGUUUUUGGAUCUUGAUCCGGAAAACUACCCUGUUUGGAGUUAAAUUGAUCACUUUGGAUACGGACACAUGCGCAACGGCGCUCAUACAACUUCAGCUCGGCAAAGUUACGGGUGGAAAAAAUUAAUCAACUGAAGAAAAAAAGGAGGGGAGCAGAGAUAGAGGAGGAAGCAUCGUGACUGGGUUAAGCAUUGGGCGAGACAGGUUUUGCACCAUGAAGAUCUUUCUCAGUCCACUGAUGUCCUUUCUUCUCCUCCUCAUGCUUCCUCAUGGCAUCUUUACCAGCGACUGUCCAGAAGACUGCUUGUGCCACAGUCCAAUGAGCAUUUUAUGUUCCCAAAGACGCUCAUCUACCAUUCCUCGUGAAGUACACUUUUCAACCAAAAGCCUCUAUCUGUUUGCAAAUGGGAUUGAAGACAUUAAAGCCAAGGAUUUUGAUGGACUGGUUAACUUAGAAAUGUUGGACCUCAGUCAAAACAAACUGACCAGUCUUCCUGAAAGGGUGUUUGAGCCACUGAUCUCUUUAAAGAAUCUGGAUUUGUCAUCUAACCAGAUCACCUACAUCUCAGAGGAAUGUUUCCAAGGAAUGCCACAGCUGGAGCGCCUUUAUUUGUAUGGUAAUCACAUCGAAAAAAUCCACCCCUCUGCUUUCAAUGGCUUGAAACAUCUCCUGGAACUGAAAUUGCAGGGUAAUAUGUUGACAACCUUGCCCCUUCUCUCAUUACCCAGUCUGCUGCUGCUGGACCUCCGCUUUAAUGUCUUACCCUCUUUAAAUCCCUCUGAGCUUCAGACCCCGAACCUGGAGUCACUCAGGCUGGGUGGUGUUGGGCUCACCAGUCUAAAUAAGGAGCUUAUAGUUCGUCUAAAGAAUCUUCAUGAAUUAGACAUUUCAGGAAACAAGCUUGAUUCUUUCCCUUCUGCCCUAAAGGAAACACCAGGACUGCUUCACCUAAACCUAGCUGGCAACCCAAUGGGCCCUCUGAAGAUUGAGGAUCUGCAAAACCUCAGUGAACUAAUGGAGCUGGACAUAAGCAGUCUCAGUAUACAAGGACUUCCUGAGGAGUUUUCUAAGCUCUUCCCCCACUUAACAAAACUUACAAUAGCAGAAAAUCCCUUCAACUGCCUUUGUAACUUAGCAUGGUUCCCAAGGUGGCUUAAGGCUCAGAGCAUCACCCUGGAAAGAACAGAAGAGACACGUUGCCAUUUUCCACCCAUCAAUGCCGGAAAGGUCUUAGAAAAUCUGGAAAACAGAGAUUUUGGCUGUCCAACGACAACCGCAAUGACGACUACUACUGUCAAGACUACUACUACCACCCUGCCUGUUCCUGUUACCACCUUACCAACUACUACUAGAUCUAUUCAAGUCCCCAGGGCCAGUGAUAAUCCUCCUAAUAAAGGUGGCAACAUUCCUCUGCCUCCUGUUCUGCCAUCUCCAAGCAGCAGCAGCAGUACUGAUCUAGAUGAAGAGGAGCAAUUCUGUCCCCAGUAUGCCUGUUUAAAUGGGGGUACUUGUCAUUGGAAUCAGCAUGGUCAGGGAGUGUGUAUAUGUCCAGAUGGCACAUCUGGGCUUUUUUGUGAAAUCCUCAAUCCCUUUCCACCUUUGUCCCGUGAAGCUGAUCCAUCAAAGGAAACCCUUACUGCAAACACGGCAGACAUCAGUUCACUUAAAGCAACGGCAACAUCAAUUCUGCUAGAUCUCCACCGCUAUGUUGAAUUGCGGCCUCACAUCCGUGGAAUCCGCCUGACCUACAGAAACCUCUCUGGGCCGGACCGCAGGCCAAUGCAGCUUAACCUUCCAGUGACCUUCCCAGAGUACAGACUCCGAGGUUUGAAUCCCAAUUCCACUUACAGUGUAUGCGUCAGUCCUUUAGGUGCAGCCAUGGAUACAGACAGUGUCUGCACUGAAGCUCAUACAGAACCUUCUGGCCCUGUGGCAAGAGUCGGGAACCCAAAGUUUACCACAAUGCUAAUGCCUUCAAUUGCCAUUUUGGCGCUGCUGGUUCUCAUAGCAGUAGCAGUGGGAGUGGUUUGCUUUCUUCGAAGAAAGAGAGCCAAGACCCACCUGGAUCUUGACUGUGAGCCUUCCCAGCUGGAGCCGGAUGGAGUUAAGGCAGGUUUGGAUAACGGGGCGUUGUUUCACAAACAGCCACAACUUAUGAUCCCCGAACCUGUUGUCCAAACGGGUAGUCUGGAGUAUGAGGUGUUAUUACUACAAGAUCAUCAUUCGUCAAAUAACAAUAUGUCCAUGCACAAGCCUUCUUACUUCUGACAGAAGCUCUUGAUCAAUCAGAUCUGUGAGAGGAUUUUUAUUUCCUCAGCUGUGUCCUGCCAAGAACAUGAACAGUAGUGACUACUGCUUGAUAGUCGAGGACACAGAAUUAGGCAACUAAUCACCAAAAGAGAAGCUGGACUCACUAUCAACUUUACUUCUCUAUGGUUGUCAAAGAAGACUAAAACAUUGAGACACUAUAUUCUAAAUGCUGCAAUGUAUGACAUCCAACAUGCUGUGAUGCUGGGACUGUUGUUUUUGGCAAAGAUUUCGGUUAGGGACACUUUAUAAGCUCAUGCACUCCCUUAGGUGCACUGCCUGUGCACUAAUAUGAGCUGGUGCUCCCUUACCUUAUCACCAAAGGCCAAGUGAACGGUCUCAGUGGUUGGUUUUGAGGCACGGUGAAAAACUCAUCAAUGACCUACUUACUGGAAGGGAUCAGUGUAUGCUGUGAAUGACCUUUUAACUCACCAAAUGAAGUUUUACUGAGAAAAUAGCUGAUACAUGUAUUGCUUUAUUUGGUUCAAUUGUUUUGUAUUUGUUUUUUUAAAAAUACCUAUAUUUUUCAUUACUGUUAAAUGUUUAAACCCUUUGAUAACACCUCCCACACCUCCAAACUCACUUCUUGUGACUAACAGACAAAACAUCAGAUUAAAAUCUUUGAAGAUUAACGCUCAUUUGGUACCAGUAAAGUCAGUCAUAGGGUUUUACAGCCAGAAUAUCAGACAGUCUAAGUAGAUGGGAGUCUGGAAUGAAUCAGGAUUAAUUCCCUCCUAGGGGAAAAGGGAAACAGGAUUACAACAAUGUAUUGGAGAGCUAGACUGAAGCCCUUAUCAUUCAGUGUUCAAUGAACUGUUUAAAAAUGGUUUUUGAAAUGUAUUUUGCUAAAAAUAAAAAUAUAGAUCUCCAGUGACUUUAUUUAUUGUUUAGAACACAUUUUAAGUACAACCCAGCCAUUUGUUUAACAUAGUUACAAUACAUAAAGUUCCUGGUCUGAUGUUAAAAUUAGCCAAGUUUCCAUGUAGCGUCUUUAAUUUGGGUAAAAUAAAAUCCUUGAUGGUAUGGCAUGAAUUGUUACUAUUAAGCAGAAGAGAGAGACACUGUUUUUGCAUGCUAGCAUCAAACCAGACUAUGCAAAAUUCAGAUGCACGACCUUGUGGUGUGCAUAUGAAUUGUGCAUAGUCUGGUUUGAUGCUAUGGCAUGAAUUGUUACUAUUAGGCAGAAGAGACAGGUUUUGCAUGCUAGCAUCAAAACAGACUAUGCAAAAUUCAGAUGCACAACCUUGUGGUGUGCAUGCUGUUUGAAAAACAAAAUAAGAUUUGCAGAGAUCCACUGGAGGAUCAUCAAAAGACAUACAUGGAGACAAGAUCCAUAUCUGUGAAUCUUACACAAAGAAUGACACUAUUGUUUGUGUGAGUGUCUGUGAUAAAGCAACUGCAUGUUCUGUCUUGUGCAAACAUAAACUGUAGACAUCAAGUUUCUAUCAUGUACUUCCUUAAGUUACCUACCUACACGCAUUGGUGUACCCAGAGUCCAAACCACUAUCUGCAGGCAAACAGACCAAAGACUCAUCCCUUAAUGCCUUAAAGGUUAACAUUUUUAUUUUUCAGCGCAUCAUUUUCCUUACAGGUCCCACACAAAUCUAAAUUCCUUUAAAAUAAGAGACGCAACUGGAAUUUCUGUCUAUAAAACAAAAAACAUUGAGAAUAACCCAAAUUAUUUUCAAUGUGUUGAUUUUUCCCUGUUUAUUUAGGGGACUUUUUAUUGUUUAUUGCUUUUGUAUUGUGUG